AUGGAUUGGAUUAAUAGAUUAGAGAAUAUUUAAAACAAGAUAAAGUUCUAGUUACACGCAAAGAAAAUAGAUGAUUUGGAGUCAUUAUACAGAUUGAUGGCUGAGUUCGAUUUAGAUAACUCAGGCAGACUUGAAAAGGACGAGUUUUUGAAGUUACUCAGCAAAUUAGGAGUAUUUUUAACAACUUAGGAACUCCGUGCAGUUUAUGACACAUACGACACCAAUAGAGACGAAUAGAUCUCUUAUGCUGAAUUUGUUUAAAUGAUUAGAACUACUAUUUCCGAAAAACGUUUAGCUGUUGUCAAGCAUGCCUUCUAAUUCCUUGAUAGAAGAGGCAAUGGUAAGCUCGCUAUCUAAGAUUUAGUCUAAUAAUACAGAUCUGAAGCUCAUCCUAGAGUUAGAACUCGCCAUAAAACUGCUGAAUAAGUUAAGGCUGAAUUCGUUAAUGCUAUCAGCAAGAAGAGUUAAGAUGGCUAAACUAUCAAUGAAAACGAGUUUUUGGAGUACUAUGCUGAUGUCAAUGCUACUUUACCUAAAGAAAAGGAAGAAUACUUUAUUGAUAUUAUUUUAAGCACUUGGGGUAUUACUUCUUCUGUUGAUUAUGUUUCUCCGGAAAGACUCAAUGAUUUGGAAUUAAUCUUAUAUGAAAAAAUCAGACAAAAAACUCUCCCUGGAGAAGAUGAAGGCAGAACUGUUUAUCGUGCUUUCAAAUACUUUGAUAUUGCUGAAAAGGGAGUCAUCGACAUUUCUUAAUUCAAGGCAGCUUUAGAAAAGUUUGGAUGCGUUUUCGAUGAUAAAGAAAUCCAUGCCCUUUUCAGUAAAUUCGAUGUCAACCGUUCUGGAAAAAUAUGCUAUGACGAAUUCUGUGGAAACUUCGCUAGAUUGGGAAGUGGAAACAAUCCUAAUGUUAACCCUGUCUUUAAGCUAGCUAGAGAAGUACCUUCUCCUAUCAUCAAUAAAUUAAAUGCAGACCUUAAAAAGCAAGGACCUUUUGCAUUCAGAUCUCUCUCCAAAGCUUGUUAGAAGGCUGAUACUUUCUUGAAUGGCUCUCUUUCCCAUGAUGAAUUCAAAUGGGUCAUUAAAGAAAUUGGUUUCUCACUUACAAAAACCGAAUUCGAUAACUUAUUUAAAUUCUUUGACAAAAAUUAUGAAGGAAAAGUUAUUUAUUCUGUCUUCAUUGACUUAGUAAGAGGACAAUAAUCUGAAAUAAUUACCUAAUCUUUAAGCUAAGGUUAUGAUGCUUUAGCAUCCAAUAACGGUGGAAAAGUUACUGUUGAAUCAAUAGUUUAAAGAUAUAAUCCCCUUGCAAUUUAAAUUAUAUAUCCUACAAGAAAAAUUGCAUAGGAUCUCCAAAGAGAGUUUGUUGCUGAAUGGGGUGGAAAUCUAUAAUAAUAAGUUAAUAAAAACGCUUUCGUAGAGUUCUUUAGCGAUGUUAGAGCCUUCUGUGAUAGUGAAAGCAAAUUCCAUCAAUAUUUUUCUAAUGCUUUCGGAUUGUGA